CGGUAUUUACAACGCAACGGUUUGGAAGGAUUUAGAGCGGUUGAGUGGUUUUGAUUUGCAGCGUUUAAAUUUGCAAGCCCAUCGCCGUUGCUUCGAGUUCUCUCAAAAUAUAAGCUCCGAGUAGCGUUUUAACCAUUGCGGGUCCAAAUCGUCCAAAUUAGGCUUGACAUCUGAAAAAUAUGAGGCUACCCAUCUGUGGCAUUGAUAUUCACAGUGUUUUACUCACUGUCGCACUAUUGAGCGUAAAGUUUACAAACGGCGCCAAUGUUCGCCUAAUAAACGGAAAGCACAGCUACGAGGGACGAAUCGAAGUACUUUACAAUGGUACAUGGAAAGCAGUUUGUGAUCACGGAUGGAACAGGAAGUCUGCCCGAGUGAUUUGUCGUCAACUGGGAUUUCCUGAUGUUUUGCGCUUUACUAAAGGGUGAGUCAGGGAUCGUUCUCAUGAUAUUGUUUAUACCAUAAUAUACUAUUUGGAUUUAUAGCUGGAUUUCCUUUCUGAUAUAACUUUAGUAAAUUUCCAAGCUUUGCACAGAAAUCUAGGUAAAAAGGUGUCAAUAGCUGUUGCAUAAUCUUUAUUGCACAAAGACGUAAGACACGUAAGCGUGUCCCAGAUCUACAAAUAUCUUGCAGCAAAAUAUGGUAUAUAAGGCAAUACCCUUCCUUUAAAUUUAUGACAUAAGUUUUGUUCUGUUAAUCUUGAAACGGGCGGAUUUCUUCUUUUCUCUGUAGAAAGUCUCAACGUUACAUUCUCUAACUGAUAAUCAAAUAUUUUAUCUCCACUGCUAUCCCUUGUGGCACAAUAAAAUUGCGGGUCAGGUGGAGAAACGCGCAGCUAGAGAUAAGCCGUAAGGACCGUAAUAUUACUAAAAUAACGCUGAUAAUUCAAAUUUAUUCACCUUCGAGCUUCCGUGAUAGUGUGAGGGGGAUAAUAAUAUCACUAUCACUACAUUUUCAUCACUCAACGCAUGUGGUAGUAAUUGCGGGAAUUACAAAAUUUUUCGUGCAUCAUGAUUUAAACUCAAAAUAAUCUCUAAUUAAGCUAUUUUGAGAGGAAAAGAAAAGAAGGAAUUUUUCUUGGAACAAAAAAGACCGACAAUUAAAUGUCAAUCUUUUAAAGUAAAGUACAUCCCUGAGGCUAAAUUGUAUCCAGAGACUACAACCUUUACAUUGACGCCAACAAUCCCUUAUUCAAUAUCUUUGAAAUGUCUUUAGAGUCCUUAGAUUUUUCUAGAUGGAUAUGCUCAAAUGAAAAACAGUUGAAGGGGAAACCCCGGCCAAACACUCUCUGUUUGAGUGGCUGUUGGAAGGAGACCACGCCUACUCCUCAGGACCUACUCCUCGGGAGGUGUAGUUCAAGCUUGUGGGAUUUCCCCUCCCCUCUGUGUAUUCCGCAGAGGCCCUCUUGUGCCACAAGAGAGCUGGGGAGAGCUAGGGCAGGGAAAAAUGCACCUCUUAUCCCAUCACCACCCCCUCCCCCCUGGGCUCGGUGGCUUCUAUUCUCUCUUGCUAUUCUACAGCCGUUUAAUACCGUCAGCAACGGGACAUGUCAUAGGGUCCGUAUUUUCCGGGGCACCCAACGUCAAUUUUCGGAAAUAUAUGUUCGGAAGACGAUUUGAGAUCUAGAAUUUUCGGAACAUUUGUUGUAAAAUUUCUUGCUUGCCUGCCUCUCCUAUGAUUUUCCACCAUCCAAAAAAUGGUAAAUUCCCAUUUUUACCGGAUUUUUACCCUAAAAAGGUCACCUAGAAUUUUCGGGAGCCUCUUUUCUUGCUGAAAUUUUCGAAAAGGUAAGUUUUGAUCCCUAUAAUUUUCGGAUCACUAGACGUUCAGCUGGAAAUCUGAACAGAUUUAAAAUUUUUAGGGGAUAAAAAUAUGCCUAUAUCUACCGUUUAAAUACUAAAAUACGUUCAACAAUGCUAUGUUUAAGUGGUUUUGAACUAUAUUGUCGUUGGGUCUUUCAGGUAUUUUUAGAUAGCCUUAACUAGUUUUGGUUAAGGUUAUAGCUACGAGGGAUAGUUUUGACGUGGGAUAAAGCGUUUUCUUAUUUACACAUCGACUCACCCAAUAGAGGGGGAAACGAAAACGUGUAUUAAAGUUGAUGUACUUAUUCUUAACAAGACGCCAUGCCUUUGGACGAGGAAUUACAGGAAAAUUUUGGCUUGAUGACGUGAAGUGUACGGGAGAAGAGAACUCCAUUGACGAGUGCCGCCACAGACCAUGGGGCCGAAACAAUUGUCUUUCACACAACCAGGCUGGGACAGUCUGUAAAAAGCACUUGAAUGACAUGAUUAUUGAACCUGUACCCUCAAAAGCCAGUGGAGAGGUAUUAUUUUGUGUCCAUCGCAAUUAUUUUUAAUCUUUAUGUAAAGUCAGAAUGUUAAAGCAAAGAUGACGAAACUCACUUGGCAGCCGGGUGGGGGGUAUUCCCUUACUGAUACAGGCUAGUAGGGUAUGUGCGGCGCCAAAUGGUAUGAUUUUUUAGCCGUUUUGGUCUGAAAUAGGGUAUCAGUUUUGACCAUUUUGGUCUGAAAUAGGGUAUGGUUUGUGCACUCUAAUCUUGAAUUGGGUAUGUUUUUUUAGAAGAAGCCACUUCUUCAUCAUUAAGCAAUAAGACUAUUUCCCUUUUAAUGUUUACGCCAAUCGUGUACGUACCGGUCAGGUCUGAAAUAGGGUGGGAAAAGUCACAGAUUUUGGUCUGAAAUAGGGUAAGGGUUUCAGGAAGCGUGUCGGAAACCCCCAACGAAAAGUUGUUUACUUAUACAAUUACGGGGGAAUUAGUUCAUGGUUCGAAUUAUUAAAUUAUGUCAUUGGCACUUAAAUAAAGUGUAUUUUUUCCCAACCAGACAGUGAACUUAAACGUUAAGUUACAAGGUCCUGUGGUAGAUGACUACAUUUCUGAAGGUGUCGUACAGGUGGAACACGAGGGGAAAUGGGGUUACAUCUGCCCUUCUAGCUGGACAUUUCUCAAUUCGUACGUGUUGUGUGGCCAACUUGGAUUCCCAAACGCCACGAAACUGGAGUCUUACUCGGAGACAGUACAGGAGGUGAAACCCGACUAUUGGCUGAGCCAGGUCACGUGUAAAGGUUUGGAGUCUUCCAUUUUGUCAUGCGACCAUGCAGGUUUGGGCCGUCAUGAAUGUGAGAAUAGCGAGGUGGUAAAAGUCAAAUGCUUUCGGCGAAAUAUCACGAAGGUAACGUACUGUAGUUUAUCACGCAGCCGUUUUUGGCGCUUCGUCACGGGUUUCUUCCCGUAACGCUUGACGAAGCCCUAAGGGACAUUUGCCUUUUUAGUAAUGUAGGGGCUGUUUUUGUGGAGAGAGGACACCUCCUAGUUUUUAAACUUAUUGGAGUUUUGAAUAAUAUAAUAUAUUAUUCAAAACUCCAAUAAAGGGCAAAACCACAUUGACAAAUUAGUGAAGAGUGCAAGAUCGUGGGUAGACUUACCUGGAUCAGUAAAAUCUUGAAUAGUAAGUUUAAAAAAAGACUGCGGUCGCAGGCUAGUAAAAAAAGACUUGCGUGCUGACGUCACCCAAGGCGUCGUCUGCACGCAGGCUAGUACAAAAACAACAUACGGAUCUUUUGCGCCAUGUUUCGUUGUGCAAAUACACUUUAAAAUACCGUUUGUUUCCUGGAAUAUUUGCUUAUAUAUUUUUCUUACAGUCUUUCUACCGUAAGGAUUCCUAGGUCAACAUCUAACGUAGAGAACGCCGUAUUUUCGAACUUUAUGCAUGCAUGUAACGAUUUCCCUUUUUGAAAGAGGAGUUGGUUUCAAAAUAGCUUGCAUGACGGGGCGUAUUUUUCGAGCGAGCGGCAGCUCAGUAAUAGGCCAUUUCCGUGUCGCCCUAAGCCUCUUCUUUAAAGCGAGGCUAAGAGCAAAGCCAUUGUAUGAAAAUGAUUUUUCAUUCUUAUGCUAAUGAAAGUUAAGAAAGGUUUUGCACUUAGCCUCGUUUUGAAAGUGAGACUUGGGGAAUUCGGAAAUGGUUAGACUUGCUGCAACUCGACCUCUCAUAAGUUCUUAAAAGUGAGCUAACCGAGUUUCAAUGCAUGAGGUCGAGCAGUCACCUUCCUGUUGGUAGAUUGGUCAAUUGUAUUGACGUCACCGGUGAAUUUCGCGCCAAACAGGUAUGAAAGGUCCUUAAAUGGCAUAACCAACCAGGAAAAGAAUAAAUUCUUUUAGAAAGUCUAGAAAAUGGCCCAUUGCUGUAGUCCCCGUCCUUGAUUUUGAAGGCUCAGGAAGAUUGGGAGAGAGGAAAGUGCCUGGCUACGAGGCUUUGGGGGAAUAAAACAAAAGAAAUCAUCUUCAUUGAUGCUAGACAAUGAAUAAUAAUUACAUUUCUUGUGUGUUUUAGCCCCCCCCAAGCCUCGCAGCCAACUAUGAAUUUUAAAAUAUCGAAAUUGGUCCAUAGGAUGGGAUAAAGUGGAAGGUCGAAGUGAGGGAAGGGGAAAUCACAGAUAAUAAUUUCCUCCCUUUUUGUUCUCUAGCCUUUGAGCAUACGGCUGCGAAGUGGGGCCUUGGUAUCUGAGGGUCGAGUAGAGGUGAAAUAUCACGGCUUCUGGGGUACCAUCUGCGAUGAUCACUGGACAAUGCGUGAAGCAAAUGUUGUCUGCAGGUCACUAGGUUAUGGUACAGCGGCAAUGGCAACGACGAAUGCGUAUUACGGAAGAGGCAUGGGAAGGGUAAUGUUAUUCUUUGUGCUCUGCUUUACUUUAUCUGUUACCAUGUUAUGGUGAUUGUUUGUUACUUUAAUUUAAGUGUGGCCUCGGUUUUCAAUGGCUGGGUAGUGCUAAAUCACUAUCUUGUGGUUAAGGAUAAAGGCAACUAUUGUGCUAUAUCCUCUGGAUAGACCUUUUGGUCUGGAGCGCUUCUAGUGUCAGGGAUGGUGGGACGAUUUGGAUGAUACCAUGGAAGGUCGCAGACGGGUGGCAUUCCUCCGGAGGUCGGACACCAAGUCACGCCUACACAAUUUAGCAUCAGCUUGCAGCCAGCCUGAGGUUUUUUAUAAGGGCAGGAGAAGAUAGCUCCUGAUUAGGGUUUAAAAACAAAACGAAUGAUGUUUCAUAUGGUAUCUAACCUCCUUCUGGGGGUUGUUGUCUUGGCUUGACCGUACGUAAACCGGCCUAUAUUUAUCUGGCAAGUCUCACGGUUAUAUGGAAACUAGACAUUAGCGUCUGACUUAUACAGCUAUAAGUUGUAACCUAGAGGGAAAAAUUAACGUCUUCGACUGAAAACCAGAAAUUUAUCCCAUGUUUUUCGCUAUCCUCCUGCGAUUUUGCUUUUAACGCCUGUCUUGACAAACGUCCUUAAAGAAUCUCCGAAUUGAAACGCGAGGUGAAGAGAAGCAGAAUACAGACCGAUUCUUCUUCUUGGUGACGUAUUGAUCUACUUCUUCCGAUAGCCUAAGUUUAACGAAAAGCAUGAAUUCAUUAACGUCCUACAAGUGACCUUCGUCCAAGCCUGAAUUUGAAUUUGAACAACAAAAGUCUGCCCUUCACCAUUUUUAAGCCUUUGGUUGAAAGCCCUCCCUUCACCUGACAUUUCCGACUUGUGUCAGCGACUUCCGCAAAAUUUGCAUGAAAAAGACAGGUUUUUAGCUAGUCUCCAAGACUCUCGGCCGUUUUUAGGAUGUCACGCAAAGUCCCCCGCAAACGUUGUGUGACAUCCAAAAAAACGGCUGCGAGGGAGACUACUUUUUACCAGCUAAUAAUAAAAACAUGAUAAUUAGCCAGAGGUUAGUCAUCCUUAAUGCUGACCGAAAUGAUCGCAGCAUUUGUGUUCACUUCGUUCUCCCGUAUUAUGAGGCCUGUGGAUUUUCAUCUUUUCCCAUCUUUUCUUUUCCUUUUAUUACUUUAUUUGUUAAAGAUCCUUCUUGACCAAGUUCACUGCAAGGGAUCGGAGAAGAGCAUCCAACAGUGUAAGCACCUGGGAUGGCAGAAAUCAGAUUGUAAUAACCAUGAAGAUGCUGGUGUCAGGUGUAAUGUACCCCAGCUUCACGGCCAUCAGGUAUUCUUGUUGUCUCACAGGUAGCUCUCUCAUCCGAUUAGAUAGUAAGACUGUUCUUAGCGUUCACUUAAAUUGUGCAAUCAGCCGGUACAAGAUCUGGAACAGAAGCCUAUCAGAUCUCUAAUAGCGGGGCUCUAGCGCUCAAAGCGCACGCGGCGGAACACCGUGGGAAAAAAAAUUUGGCUAUCUUUGCAUCCGAGAAAUUUGGUUGUGAAAAAAUCGUCCGUCCGGGGGUCCGUCCACCUCCUCAUAUUAGAGGAUGAGAAAUGUCACACUUACUAGCUUGGAGUCCAAGACGUCUAAGCUAUAAUCUAUGUUAAACUUGAUAUUACACAUCCAUGUUAUGGUCAAUUGACAGCCGUCAAAAAAGGGCAUCGGCUGACCAGUGUCACAUGACUGUAUCGCGGGCUCAGGUUUACAACUCAUUGAGCUUACCGCUUGUUGAUUUUCAAUUAGUCGCAGGCUCAGGUCUAUUUUUUUCAGAAGAAAUCCAGUUAACUUGUUAUGGAAAAGGUUAAACCACUGCAGGAAGACAUUUCUUUAAAGAUCCCACGAGAGCUUCGUUUUUCGCCUUGGCGAUGGAAUCUUCCAGUCACUCUUUGGGCGUAAAAGGCACUUUUAGAUACUCUAAAGUGCCUAGCUUACAAAUUCUUUUUUGGUGUUGCAGAUUCGAAUCCAAGGAGGAGAAAAUCCUAGAGAGGGACGGGUUGAAGUUUUUCAUAAUGGGCGGUGGGGAACAGUCUGCGGUGACGAUUGGGGAAUAGAGGAAGCCAUGACAGUUUGCCGACAGUUAAACCUCGGAUACGCCAGCAAAGCUGUUACGUAUAAAAAUUUCAGCGAAACAGGUCUUAAAAUCAUCAUGUCUGGAGUUAAAUGUCGCGUUGAUGAGACCUCACUUUAUUACUGUCAGCAUGACGAGUGGAAAAACACUACGUGCAGCAGCGACGAUAAGGUUGCGGGAGUUAUUUGUGUUAGCGGUAAGUUGUUUUCCGCCUUCGCAAAACUCGGGGCAAAAUUUGGCAAAUGCUUGGCAUGCUUGCUCUUUCUACACCCAUUAGGGACUAAAACAUCCAAAGACGCGAUGGCAACGAAAACUCUUCCUACCCACUCACUUUUUCAAGAGUAGGCAAACCUCCUGGAGUUGAAUUCGUAGGGACAAUAUCGAAGUUCACAAAGAGAAAUAAAAUUUCAUCUUCGCUUGUUUGCGGCCUCCAUAAGGCUAAGUUUUUGUUUUUCCCACUAAACCUAUUGUUUUUUUUAAAGUUCUCGUUCCUUUCGCGUCUUCGAAUCUUAGGUGGGAGACCCGAGGUGGGUGAGGUAACUUGCUUAGUUAGGGUAACCCGCCGGUCCAUAUAAUCUCUCAAAUGGUCACCCCACAUGUCACGUAAACGUGAUCAAUUUAAAAAGAGAGAUUAUAUGGACAAGCGGGUUACCUCACCUACCUGGGGUCCACAUAAACGGGCCCUGAAAGUCCCUAAUAUCCAUGUUUUAGGCGGUUUGACUAGGAUAAUGCGUCUGUAAUAAACAUUUCAAUCAGGGUCAGUAGCCCUUGCUUACGAAACAGAAGUAUUUCUUUAUAUUGCUGAGUGGCCGGCCAAUGCCGAAAAAUCUACAUUGAGCGUCACCUAACGAGCUCCCUGAUAGGCUGAGGUUGGAUAGAGCUGCAUACCCACACGCUAGUAGGUCUAGCCCGUAAAGCAAGCUCUCUGAAGAGCUCUAGGAGCUUUCCUCCAGUUCCCCGCCCGAGAGCCCCUAGAGAGCUUGCUAACAGGCUACAAUGGGCCGGUCAAGUUUUCUGAAGCGCCAGCACUUACGUUCACUGUUUUAUUUUUGAUAAAACCUAUUUCAGUAUGCCCCGCAAGGCGCACGGCCUACAUUAAGGCCUUUUUUUCCGGUAAAUAAGUUUUUUCAGGUAAAUAAUUCCGAAAAAUCGUUUACCGAAUUUUGACGAUGAUUUGUUCUCUGUUAAACGUGUUGUUAUGGUAACAUUUUUGUAUGAAGAGACAAAAAGAGAAAGCGGGGUACUUUGGUUUAGCACUAGGGUUGUAAAGGCCACUAAAGUGCCGUCGGGGAUAUUGCGCAAACUCUCAGUGAAAGUCUGUACUAAAGGCAGUCCGAUGGAAAUGACCUUUUUAGAGAUGUAUUUCAAAAAUGUCAGAAAUUUUAUCUUUUGUUAUUUCAGCUUUACCUGAUCUUGUAUUAAACAUUGACGUUCUCAGAGGUUACAUGGAAAUGACUUCUAUACCCAUGCGGUACCUGCAGUGUGCCUACGAAGAGAAUUGUCUCUCUGCGAGCGCAGAGCGACAGCUGAGGUAAACACAGACAGGGAAACGCAAAUUUCACCAAAGCUAUUUUUAGACCAAUUAAACUCUUGAAAUUAAUCGUAAGAUGGUUCCUGGAGAGGUCAGCAAACUUUUAUUUAGUGUUGUCAAGAAAGAAUAAAGGGAUAUUUUGCUCUCUCGGUAUGUCUCCAUUACAAUAUUCUGUGCGGACGUCCCAGGAAUUAGACUUCCGUUUAAUUACAAAUAACUUUACUGAAAUUCACAUAUCCAGGCCAACGCCCUUAGACUCCCUCUCUGUCUCAUUGUUAUUUAUUGCUCUGUCAUAUCACUGCCACAGUGAAAUAAUGACAGUCUUGUGAGGUGUUUGUAACCUUUGAGUCUUUCAAGCAAAUCCUGGAAGAAAAUUAACGUUCUCAAAGCCUUUUGGGACUGUCAAUAGGCACAGGGAAAAAAACUGGCCAAUUGCUGAACGGCUCGUCCCCAGUAACGAUUCCAGAAACAAUAUUGUGGGGACGCAUUUCGGGUCCAGUUCCCUUCUUGUUUCUAAAGUGGCGAAUGGUAUUUAAACCACAGCCAUUCUGGUAACGCAUUGCACGACACGUGUUAUUAUACUUCACUUUUUACUGUGUCAAUUCAGUGUGUCACACCAUCGAAGUAGACGCAUUGUAGUCAUGUAAAUUAAAGUAAAGGACGGUGUGUGUUUUCAUCGAAACUGAUGUUUGCCCUUUUUCAGAUAUCCAGAUUAUUAUCAAAGGAGACUCCUGCGGUUUAGCGUUCAGGUUGAGAAUCGAGGGUUAGACCACUUCAAACCAUCUACAGAUAAGUCACUUUGGGAAUGGCACUCAUGCCACAAACACUACCAUUCCAUGGAGACUUUUUCGACUUAUGAUCUUCUUCGUAAGUACAGAAUGGAAUCGUCUGACCUGUCAAAAAAUCCUGUCGGCUGAACGAAUUUCAUGGCUCUUUUGGGAAUCAAAUCCGCUGGAUCAAUUUGUUAGUAGUUUGGCGCGUCGUCAUUUAGUACAUUGAGGCUUCAUCAUCAUCAUCAUCAUCAUCAUUUAGUUCUUCCUCCUCCUUUUCCUAAUCAUCAUCAGAUCCGUUAUUUUAACAAGAUCAAAAUUAAAGCACGAUGCUUGAGUGGUCGUGUAAGAUUAAUUACGAUAUAGAACUAUACUAAAAAAUAAGGAUAAAAUUAGUUACAAUAUAAAACUUCCAUAAAUCUCUUAAAAUAAUAUUCGUUAAGAAUUAGGAAAAAAAACAUGUAUAAAAUGAAUAUACAUUAAUCACCUAUAAGCAAUUGACUAACAGCAUUAAAAACAAAAUUUAAAAAACUAGUUAAUAGCAUUUAAAAUCGUAGUAGUUCUUGGGCAGCGAUUGGACUGACAGCGUGGUAAAAUCUAGUUCCUUAACAUAAAUCUCCUUCUUCACUUUGCGGUAAAAAUACCUAAAUUGGUCCGUACAAUGAGUCAAAAUAGUAUUCCAUAAAAUUACGCCUCCUAAAGUUUAUUGAGAUGUUUAAGAAAGUACGAGUUCUAACGAGGAACAGGUAAUGUUAUUGCUCAUUCUGACAAUAGCAGGUUAGUGAAACGUUAAGUUAAAAAACGUUUACAGUUUUGUUUUUGGCCAGGGGACCUCACAAAGCCACCAAGCUUACGGGAGAGGCCAGGAAGGGAGUCAAAGAAAGUACUGGUCUUUGUCCCUCACUCCUCCCCUCCGUCACUUUCCGUCUUCCCGUUUUCCUGAUUUUUCGCCUUAUCCCUCAUCAAAGAGCAUGUCCACAGUCUAAUCGUAGCUUAAGCAUUGUUAAUGUAUGGUCGUCGGACUGAAGCCCAAAAGAGACAAUUAUUCUAGCGGCAUGAUUUUGUUGGCACAUUAUUUUAAUACUUGUUUAACAUCAUUCAAUGAUAGUUCCCGCUUAUACAUCAUAAUUGAACACUUACUAAACACCUGAGUGUCAGCUUUAUGCUACUCUAGCUUAAAAGAGAAAUUGACCGACCGAGACAGCUGGACAGACACAAAGACAGACUGACGAAGAAGACAGGCUGUGUGAUGACAGACAUACAAAUUCGACUCUUUAGACAAGGGAAGGGAACUGGAGACGAAAAGUGUGGAGUAAGAACAAGUAAUUGAAAAAACUGAACAAAAUGGACUGGACUUCCGUGACACAGACGGCCUUACGAAACAAUCAUUUGUUUUGUAUAAGAAAUUAUAUUUCAGAAUUUUUAGCUGAUGGUAAGUGGUUUAUAUAUGUAUCUACCAAGACUAUCCCUUUAUCGUUUAGACAAAUUGAACACUUUUUAGGCGGUGCCAUGCCACAGAAUAUUAUAGGACAUAAUGAAAUGGAUUUAAUAAUUUUUUUUUAUUUUUUGCAUCAAUCUCAGGUCAAAGGGACGGGCGCAAAAUAGCCAAGGGUCACAAAGCCAGUUUCUGUCUAGAAGACACUAAAUGCGAUCCAGGAUUCGAGCGAGUCUGGAACUGCACUGACAAGGGAGAUCAAGGAGUAUCACCCGGAUGUUAUGACGUUUAUCACUAUAAUAUUGACUGUCAGUGGGUGGACUGUACGGACAUAUAUCAUGGUGCAUAUUAUCUCAGGGUUCAUGUUAACCCCGGCAAUCAAGUGGCGGAGUCGGAUUUUAAGAACAAUGUUGCUAAAUGUUCUGUUUAUGAUUAUGGAAGCUACGUUAUUGCCAACAGGUGUUGGCUUGGUGAGUCUAACAAUGUUAAAGCGACACUAUGUUACAGCCGUGCUACCAAUAUUUUUAACAACAACAAAAACAACAACAACAACAAGCUUUAUUUGCAUAACUAAAACUACAUUGGUAACAGUUUAUCCCAAAGACUGAAACAAUAUGAUAUAAGUUUAAUCAAUUCUUUGUAUAUAUAUAGCAGAUUUCAUAAAUUUCAUGAUCAAUUCGUUCACAGAUGGUUACUUAAUGUUUGGGAUCAGAGACUGUACCUCUUAUUUUUUAGUAUUUGGAGCAGUAAAACAGAAAAUGAAUUUCGUCCUCAAUUUGAUCAGAUCCCCGGGCAGGGCAAAGUUAUCUACUCCAUUAAUUUUGUUGUUUCUGCCAAUCUCAUCUAAAUCAUGAGAUUGUAGUUACUUAACCGUAAUUUGACCAAGGCUUUUUUCUCAGGUGUUUUUCAUGUGAUGGCAAGAUAUAAUAAUAAUAAUAAUAAUAAUAAUUUUUAAUUCAAAUAGUUCUUUUGUUGAUAACAAAGCUAACAGCAACUAUAAAAUCCUAUUUACAAUUAUUUUUGCUUAAAAAAUAUUCAGUCAAAGCACUAUUUACAAUUCCUUUCUAUUAAAAAAGCACUUAAUUUCGAUUAACAAAUCAUUUCAAUUAAGAAACAAUUUAUUUCAAUAAUAAUAAUAGGCCCUCUUUGUUAUUUCUACUCUUGGUUUCGUUUUCUUUGUGCUCAAGUCUCUUCUGGGAGUUUCGAGAGAAUGAAAUCCGUAAAGCCUCGGAGUCAUGUCAUAUAUCGAACAUGGGCUAUUACUUUCCAACUGCAACUAAAAACUUCUUUAAAGAUGUUACUGACCAAAAGGGGGUCUUACUAUUUUUCAGAGGAAUGCGAAAGUGGUCUGGACACGCAUGGAGGGAAUUCUGGCGGGAAUUGCUGUGUGUUUCCGUUCAAGUUCAGAGGCAAGCUGUAUCACGACUGUACCACAGACGGCUAUUCAAUUAAAUGGUGCUCUACAACAUACGACUUUAAAACAGACAAGAAAUGGGGACUUUGUUACUAGUACGCGCAGCAGUUGUCCCUUUCGUAAACGGUCGCUGCCAUUUUUGCAAAACUUUUUGACCUGUUAUUGAGAGUGUUUCUACCAAAAUGAAAGAAAAUCGAACCAAUGGUCAAACCAGGACUUCAAACCUGCAUCUUACCGAUGGUUGCAUCGAUAGUUAACAAUGACAACGACCGUUUACUGAAGGGAAAUAGCCGUUUGCGCACGCAUGAUUGACAAUACUCCAGUUGAGCUGUGUCUAGGCUCCAUUGUACUUUUAUAAGCCGCCACUGAUACCUUGCUAGGUUAUCUUAGGAAAGCAAAUAUUCAAGUUGAAGAGGUGUGGCCGGGAACCAGCUUUUUUGUUGUUCCUUCCGCGUGGGAAAUUGAUUUCGAUUGGAUCGCUUGAUAUUCAUGCCAUAAUUUUAUUAGCAUUUGCUUGUAAAACGGUGAAAAAAGAUCUUUAUACUAUUAUAUCAGCUGUAUAACAAUAUUUAUUUCAUUACAAUUAUUAUUUCACACUUCUGAAAUUAUUUUAUCCUUAAACCUCGAAGACACGUUCACUGGUACUACUGGUCAAGUUUUAACUGACCAACCUUCGUUUGGUAAUAAAUAUCGCCAAAAAUGCAUUUCAGUGUAUAUUAUAAUUGUAUUAUAACCGUAUGUCGUAUCUAAUCAUACUUUAACCCACUGGAAUAGCUCGUACACAGUUGUGAACAACUUUUGCGUCUUGACACCCUUACUGCAUCGGACUCGUCCUUAGUCGUCUCCUUGUCUCCUAUUAAUAGCGCGGUCAAUGGAAGCGCGUGGGAUGAUGGGAAGGUGGAAAGAGAGGAUUCUUUUUCAUUUCACCUUCCCAUCGUUCCAUUCGCACCAGAAGUAGUAUUAGUCUCCCGCGACCGUUCCUUGACCGCUUGCAAAUAAUAAGAGACGACUAGGGACGAGUCAGUUACGGUAUUCGCCACUUGCCCCCCAAAACUGGGAAACUGCCCACCUAUCCCUCCCCUAAGCCAACAUUUUGCCCUAAGUGAGAAAAAAGUGUUAAUGUUGCUUAGGAGGCUUAGAUCUACAUUUUGCAUAAGCCUUGUUUUAAAUUCUCUAGGGACGGCUGUAGUACCCAGGAGAAAUGAAAAACAAAUGUUAUGCAAAAUUUUGGGCCCGGGGGGGGUACUCCCUAAUAUGGGCUAUAUAGGUAUGUGCGGCCCCAAAGGGUAGGGUUUUUCAGCCGUUUUGGUCAUAAAUUGGGUAUCGAUUUUGGCUAUUUUGCCGCCAUUUUGGUCAUAAAUAGGGUAACGAUUUUUACACUGUAGUCUUGAAUGCACUUUUUUCGAAGAAGCUACUUCCUUAUCAUGUCCCCCUAACCUAAUAAAAGCAGAUAAACAUUGCCUUUAACAUUGGUCUGAACUAGGGAAAUAAUUAUAAGGCAGGUCUGAAACAGGGUAUUGAUUUAAGGGUCAGGUCAUAAAUAGGGUAUCAAAUUUUUGGUUUGGUCAUAAAUAGGGUAGGGAAAAUCGCAGAUUUUGGUCAUAAAUAGGGUAAGGGUUUUGGGAAGCGGGCCGCACACCCCUACCCAAUUUUUCUGCGAGUACCCCCCCCCCCGGGAUUUUGGGGGACAAGCAAGGUGUAUUUAUGGGAGAUGUGCAAUGGCGAAUAGCGUUUCUUUCAGCUCUCUCUUAUCUAAUAGCAGAUGUCCAUCUUCUGGAGACAGAUGCUUCCCUUAUAAACAGACAAGAAGGAUGAAUGAAACGAAAGGUGUCCAUUAAGAUAAAGUUGAUUGCAAACAAAAAUGGAAAGCAGUGGUGGCAGAGACGGAGCCCUUUGGGACUGUCGCACUGAAUGUCCGUUUAACAGAGAUGUGUACUAAAGUUAAAGAAUACAUGAAAAACAUAUAUGUGAACUGCGGAGUGAAGAAUUAAAUGAAGGAAGAUCAUCGCAGUUAUAUACGCAACUUUUAGAGAUGCCUAAUAUGGAGAAUUUCAAGGAAAAUGAUUUUAGAACGGCGGAGCCCGGCUCUAGCUGUCUGUUUUAGAAAAGUGUCCGUCUUAUAGAUUUGUCCUUACUAAGAUAGAGACUGCCGUGUUUACAAUCAAACCAAUAAACUGGAUAAAAACUGCUCGCGAGGACCACACGGAAAAGAAGAAACACAACUUAAGUGAGGUUAGCCGAUUGUCCCCUCGUUCGUAGGUUACAGAAACAAUAGUUUUAUAAUUUUUCCCAACACAAAUCCUUAUUUUUUUCAAAGUUUUCAAAGUUUCUUAACAAUACUGAUGUUCCUAUUUCGAUUGCUCGGGUAGACUUUCGAAAAAAGCCUCCGCCCUUCGCUAGGACGACUUGUGGCAAGUCUAAUAUUUGAAAGUUUUGGUUGAAUGGAAAGCGCUCUUGGCGGGUCACAGUUCACAUUCAUGCAAUAUUGAUUAUCCGUGCAAUGACGUUAUAUAAACCUGAAUAAUAUAUGCAAAGUACGUUGUCAGUUCGCAAAAAGAGUCUCGUUGAAAGCGGGUCAACAACAUUGUGCUCCGGCGCGGCCAGUGCUGACUUUACGUCAACUGAGUUGCAGCAUGCGGUGCUUCGUUCUUUUGCAACCGCAACCAGUGCAAGAUGUUGGCAAUGAAGCUCAGUCAGGUGCUUCUGUGAGUACUGCUCUCUUGGAACACACGAUUUUGUUACACCACGUGCUAGGCCUUCGAACUCCACUUCUACGCCAAGGAGAGGUGACGUAUUCCUUUUCCUUCGGAGAUUUUAUGCGCUAGUUGUAGUAUGGAAGGUUCUGUUUUUCCUGUUUGCGGGGCUUAUCUAUUACCUUUUACAGGGUAAGUUGUUAUUAAUUUUUCCGUUUUGGCUGGUCGACAUUCCCGAACAGCGCCGGGCUGGCAAUCACGCCUACAUUCUGGAGUUUCGCCCGUGUUUGUUUGGACUUGUGGGAAUUUAUUACCGCCUUCGUGGCGCGGUUUGCUUUAUGUUUUCAUUUUCCCACUUUUUUUACUCGCGUUCAAGAAUCGUUUGAAAUUUUUUUGGCCGGGGAUAAUAGUUUUGCGAACCUUCCGUGAUUUGUCUAGGUGAUGUACUGAUAGUAGGUUUGGUAUUUUGGUAAGCGAAACUGAGCUUUGUUCAGUCUUCAUGGGGCUUUCUCAAGGGAAUAAUCCUUCUAAGCAAGAUGAAAUUUCAGGAUCCGAUCCAAACGUGUUUGUAGCAGUGGAGAUUCAUAAUCUCAUUCUCUUGUUUCUGAGAUAAUUGUUAAGUUAGGAUUAUGGGACUCACGGACCAGUUUAGCUUUGGGGGAGAUUGAUUUAGGAUUAGGGAUAUUCACGGUUGGAUGUUUAUGUGUGUAGAUAAGUAAAAACUGGACCUAGUACAAGAUGGUUCGGACUCGCAGGGCUCUUGGCAAGCGAGACAGGAAUCACUUGUCCCAUAACUUAAUGGUACUAAUUAGCCCGGGGGCGAGCUAAUUAGUCAGAGUAAGGGAUACUGAUAAACAAUUAGCAUUCGUCAUAGUUAGUAGAGGAGGCUGGAUAUGAAAACCGGAAAACAUCAAAGAUAGAAAAACAUAUAAAAACAUCAGCUUUGCAGUCUAUGUUGGAAGCACCCUGACGGUGCACAAUCUCUUGUUUUUUGCUCACAAAUUGUGACGGAAUACUGAAUGAAUUAAUCACGGCGACGUUUUCAUUGCAAACUGAAAAUAAAUUAUCGAACUGCAAACAAAUUGUAUCCACACGCAUCGAUUUCCGCAUUGCAAUUAACUAGCCCGCGAACCGCAAAGACGUAUUUCUGGUCGUCGCUUCUCUCUUAUUUUUCGGAGGGAGAGAAGCGACGACGGGAAAUACGUCUGCAGUUCGCGGGCUAACUCCUAACAAACAAACAGUAAAUAAAUUUACACCUUGCAAACAAAAAAUAAAGUUCUGUAGCACCGGUAGACGCAAGGUGCUGGGGCGAAUCUUUGGGUUCUUGCAGUGGGUGGCGCCAAAAUUCAACAACAUUGAUCUAGUGAGAACGUUUGAAACGAUACUUGAACUGGAGAAGAAAUGAACUAUGAACUAUGUGCUAUGUAUCUUGCGAUGGGAAACGUAGUGUGAAUGUUUGCCAUUCUGUCAGAAGCAGGGGACGCAUUGGUCUUUGGGGGACUGGGAGAAAAACUUAUGCAAAUCAGUUAACCGAUAUAACCCCCCCCCCCGCGCCACCCCGCUCCCUUUCCCGCCGCGUGUUUUUCACCCCCACCCUUCCUCCGAGGCUUUCAUGCCCGACACGCAAGUUAGAAAAAAUGCGCUUAAGCCAACCGUGCACAAAAGUGGGUUAACCUGCGUAGCAGUCACAGGACCGGACUAUCUAAAUAAGGAAAAAUAAUUAUCAGUCGGCUCCCGUAAGUAUUCAUUCAUUCAUUCAUUCAUUCAUUCAUUCAUUCAUUCAUUUUGCCAUCAAACAUUAAAACACAUUUCUAAUUUACAAUACACAGACAAUUUAUAAUAGACACUAUUCUAUUUUGCAAAUCAUCAAAAAAAAAAAUUGGUGAUGGCAAGGAACUGACUGGAAGCCUAGAGAACCCUGGGGCUUAUGAACUAUGGUUUCCUGAGAAUAUAUAGGGCACACCAUGAAUUAAAGCCGCUGAAUGAAAAAUGGAUAAAUAGAUAAAUAAAUAAGUAAAGAGAGUAAUAAGUGAAGUAAAUGAAUGAAUAGAUAAAUAAUUAAGUAAAUAAAUGAAUAAAAGGGAAACGAACGCACGUCCUCCUCCCACGCGCGUGCCUCAUAUUUCCUCCCAUAAUUUCAAUUACCGUUUUUCCAAGAAUAAGCGCCGGGAUGCUUAUUCAAAUUUCGGCUAAAAGGAAGACGCUUAAUUGAGACGGGGGGGGGGGCUUAUUAUUAAGUUUUCCUUUCAGCAAAUUGUAACUUUAUUUUGGCUAAAUAUAGAAACAAACGCUUAGCCCAUGUUCAUGUCUUUAAAACAGUCAGCGGUUGGUAAUCAAGCGUACUAUAGUCCCUCACACACUUCACACUUUCCACACAUUUAUUAUUUGGUUACCAUAGUAGCCAAGCUCUGAGUGGUUGCUGACCGGGAAGAUUUUCUUGUAAUGACCGUGCAUUAUGAAAAGUUUGGUUUUGUAACAUUAAAGCGGUUUAAGAAGUUCUUUUCUUGUCUUUCUACUUUCUUUUUUUCCUUUUUCCUUUUCUUAUUAUUUCAGUUUUGUUUUGGUUCUUUAUAUGUUGUAUAUUUAAUAUUUUUAUAUUUUCUUUCCCCGUUGGUUUCUUUCCCUUUCCUCCUACUUGCCGUUCUCCUCAAGUGCUGCGCGAGGUUCUGCGAUUCACUUAUUUCUAGUUAUCAUCAUCAAGUAUCGAUUCUCUCAUCAAUAAAGUGAAAAUAGAAACGCCUUUUCCAGGCCUUUUCCUUUUAUCCCUACUAUUUAUAAUAGUGCCGGGGGAGGCGAGGGGGACGCUUAUUUGAGAGGGACGCUUGUUUGAUAUUGCGGCCUACGCGGUUAGCGCUUAUCUGGGGGAGUGGGGUUAUUAUAUUAGAGCGUUGGCGCUUAUUCGCUGGAAUACGGUACGGUAUGUCCGGAAGCAAUGUACAAGCAGCUCUGUUCGCGUUACUACUCGCGUUACUUUGUAUGAGACAAAAGAGCAACUUAUUGCGUUACCGUCUGGAUACAAACAAACACAGAUUCAUUCUUUGGUAAAACACUUGAGAUCGCGUGUGCUUCAAAGGUUAACAUUAUUAAGGGCAGCUAGGCUUUAACACAAGCGGCCACAGUUAAAAUGCGUUGCCUGCUCUUCGCUUUUCUGUUUUUAUUUUCCUUGCGUGUUACAAGGGGUUCAGAAGUACGCCUGAUCGGGGGAAAACAUGUUUAUGAAGGAAGAGUUGAGAUAAAAUAUGACGGCGAAUGGAGAGCUAUUUGUGAUCAUAAAUGGGACAAGAAAGCUGCUGCAGUUGUUUGUAGAAUGCUUGGAUUUCCUGACGCGCUGCGCUUCACUAAAGGGUGAGUGUUUUAUAGCGUUUGGAGGCAAUACAAUUGUGUAAACACAAAUACUUAAUGAGGGAUUGAACCUUCCGGGGGACUCCUUUAUUUUGCCUAUACGGCUAUGUGCCGCUGAACAGGGUAUGGCUGUCGGGGUCUUGAGUCUAAACCAGGGAAUACAAAUUAACCAUCUAAUGUCAUACCGGAAGCGACUGAAAAAGUGUAAAGUUUCAUGAUGUUAGUUACAUAAUUCUGUAUGGAAAGUGAAAUGAAUCAGGGAAAAAAAUAAGGCACUUUGUCUUAAACAGGGUCAGGGAUUGAAAACCUCGGCGGUACACCUCUUGUUAAACUUCCUUUGAGUUCCCCCCCUCCGGGAUUAAACUAAGGGCCUCUUCUCGGGGAAGGGAUACCACUUGAUAUACGCUAUCCUACCUGGUAUGCUUCGCUGGGUGAGGGCCAUAAAGUUGACUUUUUAGUCUGAGACGGGUUAGCCUGUGCCAAGCUCUCAGAUAUAGUGGGAACGUAUUAAAACGAGCAAAGCGAAAAUAAGACGCGCACGACUUGGGAAAGGGGGCGGUGGCGGCGGGAAAAAUGGGAGAGAGCCGCGUCUCUCCCCAGCCCCGCGCGUUUUUCGCAUUUCUUAUUACUGACCAACUUUCCACCACCAUCUCGGAGCCUGGAACAGGCUAGAGACGGGUCAAUGGUUUGGCCGAAUUUUCCUACACCCGCUUGAAGAUUUAUGUGUUUCUGUUUACCCAAAUCAGUACUCUUAAUUUUCAGUUUGCGAAAAUAUAGCAAAUGCUGGUGAAAUUUUUAAAAUACGUGCUGAAAUGAAGGCUUCCUUUUAAUUUCUGGUUUGAGCAGGGGUACCAUUUGAGAUGCGGAAGCAAAAUUUGAAAGGGGGUGUUCCAAGAUCCCAACGGAAUACCCCCUAAAUUUAAAAAUUCCCCCUCACCCCAGGAUUGAAUCGAAUUAAAAGACUUCUUUGAUAUAAGACUAGUUAUUUGUUAAAAUUAAUGUGUUCAUAAUAGUGAUGGUGUUGCCGGGUUCAAACAACCACGUCUUGAAAAUAGUUAUGUCCAAUAAUUACUUGACAUCUUCACAAUGAUUUCUGGAUACUGAAAGGGUACUAUAUUCGUGACCUCGAUUUUUUUAAGUAGUCGUAAGAAAAUUAGACAAGAAAAUAUUCAAUUUCUGUCGAGUACGAUAAAAAUUUUCAAACAGGAUCAUGCCCAUAUAUCCUGAUAACUGCACAAUCUCUUAACCCGUUCAACGUUAAAUGACUGUCUAAGCCCGGAACUACUCUUUUCAGUAAGAAAGCCAAAAAAUAAUUCAAGGCAGCGGUUUUCAAGUGACAAAGCCAAUAAAUUAUUCAGGUCAACGUGCUUAUUGUUGGCGAACAAUUCUUGUAAGGACCACUUGGACCAACGGCAGCAAGAGAAAGCCGCCGGAUCUUUGUGUAGAUCAGAAUCAGCACUUAAAAUUGAAAGUAAGGCUGAUCGGACAGUUGAGGAUUGGUAAUUUAUUUGCUCAAUACUCCGUCUCGUCUAGACAAAACUAGUCUUCAUCAGAGGCUAGAAAAGCUAAGUGAGAAUAAUACAAAAAUAAAAAUAAAAUGUGGUGGGCGGACAAAGACAAUAUACGGAAACCUACUUGUACAGAGAGGUUAAUAUAAAAAUAUAUAUAAGUGGAUUAAGUUUAGACAUAAGUUUGAGAUAACUCUGAUAUCUACUGUACCAUCAGAGAAGUUCCGUUUGGUCGAGGAAAUGGCAAAUUCUGGCUAGAUGAUGUCAGGUGCGGUGGUAGAGAAUACGGCAUUCAAUACUGCUCUCAUAGAGACUGGGGCCGACAUAACUGUCUGUCAAUAAACCAGGCUGGAGUUGUUUGCAAACUUCAUCGGACUGACGUCAUUUUUGAACCAGAGCCAUCAACAGCCAGCGGUGAGGUAUGCCUUUUUUAAACAACACUGUGAACAUUGAUUUCUUUAAAAGGUUGGGUAGAAAUUCUCUUACAACUUACAAGUAGAAAGAGAAAAAAAUUGAGGGCAAAAACAAUGUAAAAAAGUGGGCGAAACAGCUGUCUUUUGCUGUCACUGCCCAGAGAAUAUGGCUGAGCGCAUGCGUAAGUACAAGCCAGGCUGUGAGUUGUUGUUUCCCUUGCUUUUUCAAAGAAGUAGAAGUGUUUUUUUUUUUCGGACGAAGAGAACUGUGCAUUUUUGCUAUCAAGGGAGCCGAAUUGAAAACAACUGACCAGUGCUCCCAUUUUCCAAAUGCUAAUCGCUAAUAAGGUUCUAGGUCAUAAACGUAAUCUUUUAUCGAAAUAGCAUUUUUAUCGCCUUUUUUGGUGGAAGAGAAUAAGACCGUCCCUCUUCUUUACAGAUGUUCCGGAAAAAUGUAUUCUUUAAGCCUUAUAUAUAUAUACGGUUGUAAACAAGCAACACUGAUCCAGUAGUCUUACUGUUUAGUUGGUUGGUUAAUCUGCUUGAUCUGCUGAAUUUUUCACUGAGACAAAAUUAUUCAAAAGUAGUUGUUUUCCUAUGCAGGCCUGACAUAGCUGUGCGUUUUUCGUAUUAAUUUUAGGUUAAUGAAGUGAAUGUAAGGCUACUUGGUCCAGUCGAGGAUGACUUCAUGAAUGAAGGUGUUGUCCAGGUGGAGCAUGAUGGAAAGUGGGGGUACAUCUGUCCUUCUGGCUGGACAUCAGUCAACUCGUACGUGUUAUGCGGACAUCUUGGAUUCCCAAACGCUGAGGAACAGGAGUCGUAUUCAGUGACAAUACAAGAGACGGAGCCCGUCUAUUGGCUGGACCAAGUCACGUGUAAAGGGUGGGAGUCUUCCAUCGUGUCAUGUGACCACGCGGGGUGGGUUCGCCAUCGAUGUGAAGGUCUAAGAGUAUUAAAACUCAAAUGCACACGCAAAAAUGACACGCAAAUUGUGAGUUGGAUUUCCUUAGUACUACGUUACUUUAAUGUCCAUUAAUUUAUCUUCAUCAAUUUGACAUAUGCUGUUUGCAUCAAGAAAAUCUCCCUAAGGACGAAACUGAUCAUCAUCAUCAUCGUCAUCAUCAUCAUCAUCAUCAUUAUCAUCAUCGUCAUCAGCAUCAUCAUCAUUCAUGGUCAUCAGCAUAACCAUCGCGUUCGAAAUACCAACGUCCUCAUCAUCUUCCCAAUCGUGAUCACCGCCACCUUUUGUGUCCAGCUACAUCUACAUCGUUUAUAAUUGCAAUCAUCUUUCCCACUCAGCUUAACGCAUGCGCAAGUCCGAUCAAAACGUAAUAACAAACAAAUACAUGUACUGCACUUUCAAUACCCUGCCUCUGAAUUGGGACAUUGAGAAGGAAAAGCAAUGAUCAAACUAGUUAUGACGAUAUUAGUGUAUUUUACAAUGUGUAUUUUGACUUGCCAAGUCUACAGAAACACGACUCCGCAGCGGAGCCCUAGUGUCUGAAGGACGAGUGGAAGUGAGAAACAGCGAAAACUGGAACACUAUAUGUGACGACCACUGGACAUUGAAAGAGGCUAAUGUCGUCUGCAGGUCACUUGGAUAUGGGUCAGCGGCUAUGGCAGCAAAGAAUGCCUACUUUGGAAGAGGAAUUGGAGAUGUGAGCCUAAUUUCUAGCCCAUUUGUAUGAUAACAAGGCUCUUUUGGUACAAAAAAUUAAAAUAUAUACUAAAAUUAAUACUUGGCUCUGGGGCGUGGGGGUGUAGAACAAAAGAAGUCAUCUUGAGACUCAGUAAUGAACAAUAAAUUUUUUGUUUUUUUUUUUUGCGCUAAAACUCGGAACUAUUAAAAGUAUGAAUUUUAAUAUAUCGAAUAUGGUCUAUUAAUACGUUGUUUGGAACGAUUUUUAAUUUUACUGUUUAACACAGCAAGAGGGCUUUCAGCCAGGGACAAGAAAAAACAUUUUGUACUUCAAAUAAACCACCUGUCAACAAAUUUAUGGGCCAACUAUUUCUUACAACGCGCUUUCAGCUUUGAAUUUGUUCUACUACCCGAAAGUUCUCGUGUCUAUUGUCAUCAAAAUUUAAAACUGGUGAUAUAUCUUUAUAUAGAGGAUAUAUCUUCUCGUGGGGCGAAGAUAUGAAUUUUAUUUUCGAGUGGCAAAACAAUAUUUUACCAACGAGCGGAGCGAGUGAGUAAAAUAUUGUUUUUGCCACGAGAAAAUAAAAUUCAUAUCUUCAAGCCGCGUGUAAUGUUUUUUUUAUUAUAUAGACAAAAAGACAUCGAUAAAAUAAUAGAGGGAAAUGACCUAAAUUACGUCAUCGUUAAACUCACGUGUGAGAUUAUGGAAAAUAAACCACUCGGGUCCCGGAUGUAGUUUUUAUGAAUUUUACGAGUGGUAUAUUUUCCAGUAAAACACUCGUGUCUAUAUAAUAAAUGUAAUUGUUUCACACUGAAAUAACACUUCAGUACCUACUAUAGUAACCUGCUCUUUGAUAACAACGGAAAGCAAAAAGGUAAUUGCUGUUCAACCUAACUUUUUUCUCCCUUUGUAAACCCCUAGCUCUUAAUGUAUUUAUUGUAACAGUAAUAUUUUUUUCUAGAAAAUGCUACU